UCUUAAAGAGGCUCCGGCGGCGGUUGCUUGGCAACAGCGGGCAGCGGUGGUCGUUGGCGCUGUGAGGGGACCGAGCCGCCAUCGCGCUUCAGCGGUCGCUCCACGCCGCCGGACCCGGGCAUAGCCCUCGUUCUGCGGUUCUUACCCCCAGACAGGGCUGGUCACACAGGCUGCUGCAAAUGAGGUGUUGCCUUCACCAGCAAGAGCAUACAGGACUCCCAUAAAACAAGACAUAAGACAAGUCCGUUCCCCCUCUUCAGCUGCUACCCAUAAAAGUUCACCAGUGCAGGUGUGUGUCUCUGUAUAUUUUGGUUUGAGUUUUCCCUUUCCCCCUUGGUUUUCCAACUGAUAAGGUCCCUGAUCAGAUAACCUUGCUGGAAUAAACACUCUUACGCUCCCACAUGCCCUCAUCAGUUACUGUGACUGACCUGGUUUGAUAUUCAUCACCACCCCCCUCAUUUGCUGCUCAGGAAAAUGUCUGAAGUCCCUGGAGUCAUGGCUAAUGCUGACAUUGAACCAAAAUCUAUACAUCGUGCUGAGAAAUGGUCGGGUGAUGUAGAGAACUUAUACAGAUUCCAGCAAGCUGGAUACAGAGAUGAGAUUGAGUAUAAACAAGUGAAACAAGUAGAUAUGGUAGAGUAUUGGCCAGAAACUGGAUUUGUUAAGAAACUUCAGAGAAGGGACAAUACAUUCUAUUACUACAACAAGCAAAGAGAAUGUGAAGACAAAGAAGUCAACAAAGUGAAAGUUUAUGUGUAUUAGUUUUGGGUUUGUUCUGAUUGGCUUGUAUUUUUUGGGACAAAUCUGCUUGUUAGAUUUGGAAAGUA